AUGAAAAAUUUACUCAUUUUCUUUGUCUUAAGUAUGGCGUUAGUUUCAAUUUACAGCCAAGUUUGUACAGUAUUUUUCCCGCAAGUUUGUCCAUUAAUCUGUAAGGCCUGUCAUGGGUGUUUAGCUAAAGACAAAUUGUGCGAACCUGCUAUUGAUUUUUGUAAAUUUUUUGGAUGUGGGUGCAAUUCGUUACCUCCGGUACAAUAA